GUAUGUCCUUCCUCUCCAGCUUCGUCUUCAUGAUCUUCCCCACCACACGCCACGGCAUUGGAUUUUCCGACAGUAGUACCACUGCCUCCUCCAAAGAUGCCUCCCGAAAAGUUGCCGAUAUUUACACAAUGACGAGCGAUCAGAAUCGUCGUGAAAGUAGUAAUAAUGCCGCCUCCAAUGUUGCCAAUCAUAAGAAUAUAAAUGGUAACGAAGAGAAUGCCAACUCCAAACCUGCGGCGCAGGACAAGGUGCUGUCGGCAUCGGCGAACCUCGCACAGCUGCUGCCGACGGGGUCGGUGAUGGCGUACCAAGCGCUUUCGCCGUCCUUCAACAACCACGGCGAGUGCUACACCUCCAAUUGGUGGCUCACCGUCUCGCUCGUCACCUUCCUCACCGUCUUCUGCAUCUUCUUCGCCAUCACGGACACUAUCUACUAUAAUGGCAAGGUCUACUACGGUGUGGCCAUGAGGGGGGGCCUGAAAAUCUUCAACAAGGAGGACAACGAUCCUAAUUUUUAUAUCGAGCCAGACAACAAGAAGGAAAAUGAAAACAAAAAUGGAACGGCGACGGAACUGCAAGCGGUAGGACAACAAAAAAGUCCGAGCAGUUCUAACGAGUCCGAACACAAUGGAGAAAAGAAGGGAAAGCUAACCUGGCUAACGAGUAUCUUCGAGAAGAAGGGCGGCGAAAAGGUAAAGCAAGACAACAAACUAACAGCAGAAAAAGAACUAAAGGACAAACUGGAGAGGAUGAAGCUGAACUGGCUGGACGGUCUUCACGCCUUCUUCACGGCGGUGGUGUUCCUGUCCGUUGCGUUCAGCGACGUGGGGCUCCAGAGAUGCCUCUUCCCGGACGCCGGGCACGACACCAUGGAGCUGCUCAAGAAUAUGCCGCUGGGUAUGUCGUUCUUGUCGAGUUUUGUGUUCAUGAUCUUCCCCACAACUCGAAGCGGCAUCGGGUUCUCCAAUCCCACGUCCAAAGGUGAUGAUAAGGCAAAGCCGCACGCGAACGCCAAAUAGUUAAUUCGCUCUUUUCACUUCAACUUGCGAUUUGUCAAUCCAAUUUAACUAGCCGUAUUGUUUCACAUGUGUAGCAGUGGUUGAUCUGUUUGGAUGCAAAAAAAAAAAACACGUAUAUGUUAUAUUUU